GGACCCGCCCCCGGCCCACAAGCCCCUGCAGGGAGCGGGCCCGGGCGGGGCGCGAUCGAGGUCGGGUCGCCGUCCAGCCUGCAGCAUGAGCGCCCCCAGCGCGACCCCCAUCUUCGCGCCCGGCGAGAACUGCAGCCCCGCGUGGGGGGCGGCGCCCGCGGCCUACGACGCAGCGGACACGCACCUGCGCAUCCUGGGCAAGCCGGUGAUGGAGCGCUGGGAGACCCCCUAUAUGCACGCGCUGGCCGCCGCCGCCUCCUCCAAAGGGGGCCGGGUCCUGGAGGUGGGCUUUGGCAUGGCCAUCGCAGCGUCAAAGGUGCAGGAGGCGCCCAUUGAUGAGCAUUGGAUCAUCGAGUGCAAUGACGGCGUCUUCCAGCGGCUCCAGGACUGGGCCCCACGGCAGACACACAAGGUCGUCCCCUUGAAAGGCCUGUGGGAGGAUGUGGCACCCACCCUGCCUGACGGUCACUUUGAUGGGAUCCUGUACGACACGUACCCACUCUCGGAGGAGACCUGGCACACACACCAGUUCAACUUCAUCAAGAACCACGCCUUUCGCCUGCUGAAGCCGGGGGGCGUCCUCACCUACUGCAACCUCACCUCCUGGGGGGAGCUGAUGAAGUCCAAGUACUCAGACAUCACCAUCAUGUUUGAGGAGACGCAGGUGCCCGCGCUGCUGGAGGCCGGCUUCCGGAGGGAGAACAUCCGUACGGAGGUGAUGGCGCUGGUCCCACCGGCCGACUGCCGCUACUACGCCUUCCCACAGAUGAUCACGCCCCUGGUGACCAAAGGCUGAGCCCCCACCCCGGCCCGGCCACACCCAUGCCCUCCUCCGUGCCUUCCUGGCCGGGAGCCCAGGGUGUCGCACCAGCCCUGGGCUGAUCCCAGCUGUGUGUCACCAGAAGCUUUCCCAGCUUCUCUGUGAGGGUCCCACCAGCCCCAGGCUGAUCCCAGCUAUGUGUCACCAGCAGCUUUCCCGGCUUCUCUCUGAGGGUCACUGCUGCCCGCUGCAGGGUCCCUGAGGUGAAGUAAACGCCGGCGCUGGGCUUGGCCAGUCGGCAGUGA